UUCUCUCCGCCAGUCUCAACCCACGCGCCACCACUACCACCACCGCCGCCUCACUCCAAUCAAUUGAACAAUGGCGGAAAUCAAAAGCAAGAUAUUGAUAAUCGGAGUUACAGGAAACCUAGGAUUCGAAUUAGCGAAAGCCAGCCUCAAUGCAUCCCAUCGAACAAUCGGACUCGUCAGAGAAUCCGGAUUUUCCGACCCGGACAAACUCCAGAAACUUCGAUUCCUCUCCAAUGCCGGCCUCGAGAUCGUUAAGGGUUCAUUGCAAGAUGAAGAGAUUUUAAUCGAAGCCCUGAAGCAAGUAGAUGUUGUGAUUUGCGCAGUUUCUUCGAAGCAAUCGCAUGAUCAGAUGCUUCUAAUUCCGGCUAUCAAACGCGCUGCUUGCAUCAAGAGGUUUUUUCCAUCAGAAUUUGGAUUGGAUCCCGAUAAAACUAGGGUUUCGGAUUUGGACCACAACUUCUAUUCAAGAAAAUCCGAUAUAAGGCGUCUUGUCGAAGAUGAAGGCAUUCCUUACACUUACAUAUGCUGCAACUUUUAUACGAGCUACUUACUUCCAUCCCUCGUUCAGCCGGGCCUUAAAUCCCCACCUAGAGACAAAGUCACUAUAUUCGGAGAUGGAAAUGUUAAAGGUGUGUUUGUGAAGGAAUGUGAUGUUGCUUCAUUCACGAUUAGCACGGUGGACGAUCCACGCACACUGAAUAAAACAUUGUAUUUGAGGCCACCCGGAAACACUCUUUCCAUGAACGAGAUUGUUGAUAUUUGGGAGAAGAAAAUCGGGAAAAAUCUCGAGAGGAAUUAUGUCUCAGAGGAAGCCCUUCUUGAGAAAAUUCACGAAAUGGAAUAUCCAGAUAACAUGGAGAUGGUAUUUAUAUACUCUGCGUUUGUGAAGGGAGAUCAGACGUAUUUCGACAUAAACUCGUCGAAUGGUGUGGAAGGAACAGAGCUGUAUCCGCGUAUUAAAUACACUACAGUGAGUGAGUUCUUGGAUACAUUGUUGUAGGAAUUGUAAUUUUAAGCUACAUGUAAUUAUUGACUUUUGUACUUGUUUGUUUUGUACAAGAAAACCACCAGCAAUCUUGUUGAGGACAAAUAUUCAUGUGUUUUUACACUAUUAAGAGAUUAUUCUGAUAA